AUGAACACUGGAAAAGUAAUUUACACAUCGUUGGAAAUCCUCAUCGCUGUUAGUUGCUGUGUGGGAAACAUGUUGGUUGUUUUGGCUUUGUGGAAAACUAAAAGUAUCCAGCAGCCCACCUUCUGCCUUAUUGUCUCUCUGGCUGUUGCUGAUGCCCUGGUUGGUUUUGUUGCCAUACCCCUGGCUGUGGUGGUGAAUGGGCAUCUGCAGACCUCAUUCCACAGUUGCCUCUUCAUCAGCUGUGUUGUCAUCCUUUUGACCUUAGUUUCAGUCCUGUGUCUGAUGGCUAUUGCUGUUGAUCGCUACCUACGGGUCUAUAUCCCUCUGCGGUACAAACAGACAGUAACCUGGAGACAUUCAUAUGCUGCUGCAGCUAUGUGCUGGCUCAUUGCAGUCCCUCUGAGUUUUACUCCUAUGCUCGGAUGGCAUAACCAUCCUGACUCUCUUAAUUCUACAAUUGUCUGUAAUUUUGUUGAUGUGAUUCCCAUGGACUACUUGGUUUAUUUCAGUUUUUUUCUCUGCAACCUGACACCUCUGCUGGCGAUGACUGUGUUGUACAGCUACGUCUUCUGCUACAUCAGGGGAAACCUGAAAGACAAACCAGGCAACGGUGCUCGAAAUCAUUCACUUAGCUACCUACGCAAAGAGAAAAGGCUGGCAUCAUCUCUGUCUCUGGUUUUGGCCCUGUUUGCCCUGUCUUGGCUCCCUAUUCACAUCAUGAAUGUCAUUGUUUACUUUCGAGGAAAAACUGCUGUACCAUAUGCAGCUUUUUACAUUGGGAUUCUGCUUUCCCAUGCUAAUUCAGCAAUCAACCCGAUAGUGUACGCAUUCAAAAUCAGAAAGAUCCAGACAGCUUAUGUGAGGAUUUGGAGAAAGUUUGUUCUGUGUUCAGGAGAAAACCAAGGCUUUCAGGCAAGCCAGACAACAGACAACCCCAGCAGUAACAUCAGAAGUAUUGACAAUGAUGAAAGGCUGAACUAACUUUUUGAGC